AUGGCUUCCGCAAAGCAAAAGGCUCAGCAGAUCAUUGACGACAACGCUGUUGCCGUCUUCUCCAAGUCCUACUGCCCCCACUGCAGCGCUUCCAAGCAGCUGCUCUCGUCCCUCGACGCCAAGUUCUACACCAUUGAGCUGGACAAGGUCGACGACGGCGCCGACAUCCAGGCUGCCCUCGCCGAGAUUAGCGGCCAGCGCACCGUCCCCAACAUUUACAUUAGCAAGAAGCACAUUGGCGGCAACAGCGACCUGCAAGCCAUCAAGGGCAAGCUGCCCGAGUUGCUCAAGGGCGCCGGUGCUCUGUGA